ACCAACUGCUGUGCUUCUUCUCUUUUCCUGGUCCGUGCCGACGUUGCAGUGAAAUGGUAUCAGGUGGAGUUAUAAGGCUGUGGUUUUGAUUCCAUUUAAAGGGUUCGUCGGUUUUUUCAAGUAAUCUACACAAUAUGGCAUCAUCUCAUGGUAAUACUCACUCUGAAGCAGCAAAGAUGGAGCAAAUUAUUACUGAAUUCUUUGCUAAAAGCCUCCACAUAAUACUUGAAUCUAGGUCUCCUUUUGUGUCAUCACGUAACUACAGUGGUGAACAAACCAUGUCAUCUCCGUCUUCAUCCUCAUCCUCUUUGUCUAGUGUGAGAUCUAGAGAUAGGUGGUUCAAUUUAGCAUUGAGGGAGAGCCCUGCUGUGCUAGAAAAUCUUGAUCUUUGGCGCCAGAGUAAUCCUGAACCUAUCAUGGUUGAUGUGAUAUUGGAGCAGAGGCCAGUAGAUUGGAAUCCACUGAAUUUUUCUCCUAAAAGGAAUCUUGUUAGGAAUUUGUCGUCAAAAGAGAGAUAUCCACAUUGCUGCAAUUCUGAUCAAGAGGAAUUAGGCUCUGAGGCAAAGAGUGAAAAGAUAAUAGAGAGAUGGAUAGUGCAGUAUGAAACUAAAAAGUUUAGGGAUUCUAGUUCAGGGGGGAGGAGGUCUAGUAAUAAUACUUUGCCAACGUUGUACAAGAAAGCAAUAUUGCUGUUGAGGUCAUUGUAUGUGACUGUUAGGCUUUUACCUGCUUACAAGAUUUUUCGAGACCUCAAUUGUUCUGGUCAAAUUCAUGCCUUUAAGCUUGUUCCUAAGGUAUCCUCUUUUGUGGAGCCCUUCACUCGUAAAGAAGAGGCAGAAAUGCAGCGUUUUGGAUUUACCCCUGUUGACACUUCUAGUGGUAGGCUUUGCCUUUCAGUGUUUUACCGUUCACCACUCUUGGAUAUGAGCUCUGGGUCAUCCACUCCUAUGUCUCCACAAUUUAUACCAGAUUAUGUUGGAAGCCCAUUGGCAGAUCCACUGAAGAGGUUCCCCUCUCUUCCUGUGUCACAUGGCUCUCCAUCCUCUUUGCCAUUCUCAAGAAGACACAGCUGGAGUUAUGAAAACUAUAAGGUCUCUCCAUCAUCUUUGCCAUUCUCACCUUCACCAACACAUUCAGAGUCACAUGCUUUGGUUUCUAAUCCAAAUUCUCACCAUUUCCCACCCUUUAGCUUGCCUCCUCAUCCUCCUGAGACAUCACUAGCUCAUAAAAAGAGUAGGAACUUUGAUGAGUACUGUCCUUCCCCUACUUUUUCUCCCUCUCCCUCACCGUCACCACCAAUCUAUAUUCCUGGGAAUCAUCAGCCAAAGGCUCUUUUACGUUCUGAAAGUGCUCCAGUGAACAUACCUGGUCCUAAGUUUGCUACUUCCCCUGCAUUGUCCAACAGGCAAAAUUUGCCUCCCUCACCUCCCUGUAAGCUUACAAAGCCCAAUACUUCUACAGCUGAGAAUAUUGUUGGUCCAGAUCAAAUUGCUGCAAAGAUUGAUAAGCUAUUGUCUUUUGGGAGAGAAGAUAGUAGAAGAACAUCUGGGGUGAAGAUAUCUUCCAACAGCUCACCGCGGAUUUCAUUUUCACGAAGUUCUAGUAGGUCCUUCCAGGAUGAUUUUGAUGACACUGAGUUUCCUUGCCCUUUUGAUGUGGAGGAUGAUGAUAGCAUGGAUCCAAGUAGCAGACCGGGAUCUUAUGAUAAAAAAGGACUUCUGUCUGACCCACUAGAGGGAGGAGCAUUGUUUCCUGUUAGAAAAUCCCAAGAUGCAGCAGUUGGUGAUCUUGUACGUAUGCUGAAGAAAGCCCCACCUCUUCACCAAGACUUCAGUUCAACUAGCUCAUCAGCCUCUAGGCCAGAGCUGUGGAGAAACAGCAUCCAAGAGCCAGAUAAAAUCUCUGAAGCCAUGACACUUACACAUGCUGCUUCUCCAAGUAUCCCAUCUUCUAGGCUUAAGACAACUGCUGAUGCUUUAGAAGAACUCCGGGGUUACAAAGAAAUGAAAAACUUGCUCCUCGCUCAAGGUGACAAGUCUUACUCCUCUGCUGGUCACACUUCUAAAGGAGAAUCCUCCAGCAAGGCUUAAUCUGAGUUUUGAAGUAUUUUGUUCAGAUUAAAACUUUUGCACAUAUGUAUAGUUUUAAAGAUGUUUUCUGCUUUAUGUACAUAGAUAUGCAAACACAUAAGUUCUCCAUGAGGUUGGUUUUAUGUUGCAAGAGCAAGGAUUGGUAUAUUGGCCUGUAAACUCUGUAAAUAUCAUCCUUUUCGCUCCCAGAUUCUGGUAACUGUAUAACCGUAUAAAAUAGCAAGAGUAGG